UUCGUCACAAGAGAUAUCAGCUAUUACAACAUACGGAGGAAAACACAAAUUUGCCAACAUGUCUGCUUCAAAGUCUGUGAAGGAAACCACUAGCAUGCAAUGCAACAACGGCUGCAUUUGUAUUCCAACCGAAGGAAAAGAUGCCAUUAAUGUAUGCCUUGACGGUAAAGAUAAUAUCGUCAAAUGUGCAUGCACAAAGUGUACAGCAUUCACAACCAAUGGCGCAAAGAUUCUUUGUGUUCGGAGAGAAGGUGGGUUAAUAAAGAAAUGCGAUGGUUGUUGUACUGAUAAAGGUUGUAACUGUGCCUGCGAUGAUGGAAAAGGGGAAGUCAAGAAAUGCAAGGACUGUAAAUGUAAUUACAAGCCUGGAUGCGAUAAGGAUGGCUGCUUCGGUAUUUCUAUUGAAGGUGGAAAAUGUAUUUGCAUCUGUAGAGAUGAAAAAGGAGGGUUUAAGAGAUGUGACGACUGCAAGUGCUCGUCUAAGGCGUCAACUAUGGAUGGUUGUUGUACUGAUAAAGGUUGUAACUGUGCCUGCGAUGAUGGAAAAGGGGAAGUCAAGAAAUGCAAGGACUGUAAAUGUAAUUCCAAGUCUGGAUGCGAUAAAGAUGGCUGCUUCUGUAUCGCCAUUGAAGGUGGAAAAUGUAUUUGCAUCUGUAAAGAUGGAACAGGAGGGCUUAAGACAUGUGAGGGCUGCAAGUGCUCGUCUAAGGCGUCAACCGAGGGUGCUUGUUGUACUGAUAAAGGUGGAAUAAACAAAUGCAACGACUGUAAAUGUAAUUCCAAGUCCGUAAGCGAUAAAGAUGGCUGCUUCUGUCUCGCAAUCGGAGAUGGAACAUGCAUUUGCAUCUGUAAAGAUAAAAAAGGAGGGUUAAAGAGAUGUGACGACUGCAAGUGCUCGUCUAAGGCGUCAACCAAAGAUGGUUGUUGUACUGAUAAAGGUUGUAUCUGUGCCUGCGAUGACGGAAAAGGUGAAGUCAAGAAAUGCAAGGACUGCGAAUGUAAUUCCAAGUCUGGAUGCGAUAAAGAUGGCUGCUUCUGUAUCGCCAUUGAUGAUGGAAAAUGCAUUUGCAUCUGUAAAGAUGGAACAGGAGGGCUUAAGAGAUGUGAGGACUGCAAGUGCUCUUCUCAGGCGUCAACCAAGGAUAGUUGUUGUACUGAUAAAGGUUGUAACUGUGCCUGCGAUGAUGGAAAAGGGGAAGUCAAGAAAUGCAAGGACUGUAAAUGUAAUUCCAAGUCUGGAUGCGAUAAAGAUGGCUGCUUCUGUAUCGCCAUUGAAGGUGGAAAAUGUAUUUGCAUCUGUAAAGAUGGAACAGGAGGGCUUAAGACAUGUCAGGACUGCAAGUGCUCAUCUAAGGCGUCAACCAAAGAUGCUUGUUGUACUGAUACAGGUUGUAACUGUGCCUGCGAUGAUGGAAAAGGGGAAGUCAAGAAAUGCAAGGACUGUAAAUGUAAUUCCAAGUCUGGAUGCGAUAAAGAUGGCUGCUUCUGUAUCGCGAUUGAAGGUGGAAAAUGCCUUUGCGUCUGUAAUGAUGAACCAGGUGGGCUUAAGAGAUGUGAGGACUGCAAGUGCUCAUCUAAGGCGACAACCAAGGAUGGUUGUUGUACUGAUAAAGGUUGUAUCUGUGCCUGCGAUGACGGGAAAGGUGAAGUCAAGAAAUGCAUGGACUGUAAAUGUUCUUUAGACGGUCAAAAUAAGGUCUGUUAUUGCAUUGCUACAGGAGAGGGUUGUGUUUGCAUUUCCUUCGACCAAGAAGGCAUUAAGAAAUGCACUAAUUGUUGUAAUACUAAUUAAUGAUUAAAGGUUUCAACUACAUAAUGGGUAGGUUCGUAGUUCGUAUUUGCAAUAUUUUUUAAUGGUUUCAAUUUUGUAUAAUCCUUUAUGUACACUUAAAGCGUAUUUUACCAGAGAAUUAUAAAAUGUAAAAAAUA